AGUUCUGGCGGGAAUAAGUUUCAGUGUAGCAGACUUUGUAACAAUGAGAUUUUAAUUUAUGUGUACGCCUAACUCUGAGUUAAUUAAGUAUAACUGCCAGACUUCUUUGACGUAGAUCAGUUAUUACAUAGUAGAAAAUUUUUUACUUACAGAAGUUAAUUUUACAAUUUCUAUAAGUUUGAAUAGAGUUAUAAUCCAGAAUUGUUUCGAGUUAUCGGACCAAUAACUUUUCGCUUGUAAUAUAAAUUAUACUACUACUAGGGUCUUGGCUCUAAUAGGCCUAGGCUCUUGGAGAUACUAAACUUUACUGAAUACUAUAUAGAUAUACGACAUUGGUACUUUUCUGACACAGUUUUGUUAUUCAGAAUGGGUAUUUUAUGUGUAUAAACAUUUUCUGUUUGAUGCUGAACAGCAAUGUUUAUUUUAUUGUCACCAAAUAUAUAUUUAUUUGUCGAAACUUAUAUUAUUCCACACUAUUUCGAAACUUAGUUACAAUAAAUUGUCAGUUUGGUAAUGAAUUUCACAUUACUAAUGAAAAUUGAAAACCAUUUAUAUGAAACCAGUGAUUAAACUGAGGUUUUAUAAAAUGUCUUGCACAUUCUAAUCAGAAGACAAGAAACGUAAACGUUUUGAAUCCUCAAGAGCUGGAAUGCCAAUUUAAUCUCUAUGAAACAAACUUUGCUGUAAAGAAAACAUGAAUACUGAAAGAGGAAAGUAUAGUUAAUUCGUUAACUAUAUAAAUAAUACAUAUAUAUGUUUUAAUCUUUUUUUUUUAUAGCUACUUUUCAAGCAUAUUUAAUUCAGUACAAGUUUUUAUUUAAUAUGAAUGUGAUGCUCAGAACCGAAUCUUGUAAUGUGGCCUGAAAUGUACAACGUUUUUGUUUUUUGCUCAUAAAGCUACUUGCCACUUUCUGUAUACAGUGUUACAUGUUGAAACUUGCUCAUAAAACCUUGUAUCAUUCCCCAUAUAAUUUCUUUGAACAUUAAGCUAAAUUAUGAUUUUUUUAAUUAUUUUCUGCCAUGUCCUGAACCAAUGGAUUUAGAUAAAUUAACAUGAAAUUCCUCCAUAUUUAUACAUGUAAGCCAUUGUUACUUAUGUUGUUUUCACUUUAUACUUGGAUUUCUGACUAUUUUAUGCAGGAUUUUUAUUUCCGAGGAUCUUUCAACAUCCUUGAAAAUUAAUGGGCACUUCAAAUUGUGGUAUAAGUGCUGUAGUUUUGUAGAAAGAGAAGAAACUAGAUGAGUAUUUUAUAAACCUGGGUUGGAAAAGGGUUUCUGAAUGUAGUUUGGAGUAGUGUGGAUAGUAAAUGGGACAGCCUAGAUGGAUCAAAUGGCCCUAUAUUAUCCCUUGGAAAUAGAACACAGCACAACCUAGAUGUAGUACAGUCACAUAAUGAUCAUCUCGCAAAAUGCCACAAGAAUUCCAAGUUCUAAGAUGUUUUAAUUGUGAAACCUUCCAAGUUCAUCUUGUGAAAAAAUCCUUCAAGUGGAAUUGCAAAAUGUGUGGUGAAAAACAGUCUAUCAAACAGGUGUAUGGAAAGGGAAGUGGAUUUGAUUGUCGCAAGCACGUACAGAAACUGAAUUCCCUAAAAGGCCAGCUAUUAGAGGAAACUAAGGAACUUCUUCACCUUACAGAAGCUAACUCUGAGGACUCUGAAUUGCAUGAUGAAAAACAGCUUAGGGCCAAUUCCUGUAGUGGCCAGUCCCAGAAAAGCAAGUGGGCAAUGUUUCUUGAUGACUGUACCCAAGAAAACAGUUCAGUUGGAGACAACACAGAAACCUUUAAGUGUGUAAUGCAUCAGAAAAAAGACGUUUUGUUAGAAAAAAAAUCAGCUAUUAACACUGACAGCUGCCAUGUUAUCACUAAGAGAUGGAAUGAAGAAUCUGUUUUUAAUCCAGCUAAGAAGAUGAAAUUAAGUAAAACAUCGAGCAGUGAAAUCACGAAUGUGUUGUCGCUAAUUCAAGAUGAUGAUGUUCAUUUUCCUGCACAUCCUAUUUAGAAAAAACAUCUAGCUUGAAUAGAACAUUUAAUAAUGACUCUUUGAAUGAUGAUUCAGGCCACUUUGAUAAAAUGCAUCUAACUUCAAAAGUAACAAGAAGUCAUGAUGAGGCUGUUCACAACUCUUGCAAUGUAUCUCAUUUAAAUAACUUCAAGUUGGAUGAAAAGAAAACCUCUGAAUAUACCAAACAGAAUAAAAAAACUCGGAUAAAGCCUUCUAAAUGGGGUAAAUUUUUAAUGUCCGAUGACCAAGAUGAUGAUGAUAUAUUUUCUUUUGAUCAAGACACUGGUUUUGUAACAACAUCAAGUAAUAAUUGGCUUUCCAGAGAUACAUCAAACAAGUGGUCAGUAAGUUUAUACAGUGAAGACAAGAAAACCUCUUCAGAUUCUAACCCUGAAAUUGUAAAGAGUAACUUUUCUCUAGAAUUUGACUUUUAGUUGAGUGACAGUUGUGAACUGAAUUUCUAACUUUGCUACAUGUAGUUUGAUAUUUAAUUUUGAUUGUCAUUAUUUAAUUAACUUGAAUAUUUUGCUAUGUUAUGCUAUUGUUAUUUUCACUGUAUAAAAGAAUAAACUAUACGUGUGCAACCAUAA